AUGGCCGAAGACAGCAGCAACAAUCUCAAUCCCUCCAGACAAGACGCUUCGCCCUCUCCGCCCCCACCAGCGCCAGUCCCUCUAACACCCGGCCCGCGCGCUACCGUCCUACAGAAGACAUUCAACCAGGCAUUGUUGCGUACAUUGCGAGCAAAUUCCUAUGCCAACUUCUCCGGGUGCUUUCCCACCCCUGCGAAACAUGUUCCGGCUAGUCUAGAGUCGGUUUGGAGACAGCUGAAUGCGAAAUUGGAGGAAAGUGCAAGGGCGGAGUUCGAAGAUAUUGUACACGAGAGAGAUGCGAUAAGGCAGUUGAAUGAGUUAGAUAGGUUGAUGGGGGAGGCGAGGCAUAGGAGAGACCGUGGACAGGGACAGGGAGAUGUUGCACCCCAUACAUUAACUCCGGAGGAACUAUAUCGCGCACGUCUUGCUCCGCAUUUACAGGAAGCUCAAACAACUUUGAAUGCGAACAUAGAGUCUGUACAGAGCGAAAACGUGGCGUUGUCUCAACGGAUCCAGUCUCAGAGAUCAGAGAUUGAGGGUCUGCUGUCAAGCCUUGAGUCUGUGGUUGCAGACUUGGAGGGCGCUGCGACCGCUGCUACGCAGUUUAGUAUGGAGAACAAUCUUCGUAAGGAAGCUUUACAGAUGGAAGAAGAGGUCAAAGCUAGAUCGGAUAUAUGA